AUGACUGGCUCAUAUCCUCCAAAUCUUUCACAGCAAAGUCUACAUACUCUACGAGAAGCGGCAAUAGACUAUGCCCUUGCCAACGGUCUUGUAGUUCGUCCUACUGUGGAUAAACAAAUCCACUUUGCUAACAAUGCUGCUGUCACUCAUGCACCCUUCAGUCUUUUUCCAACUCCAUUCCCGCGACGAGAAUUUGAAAAAGCUCAAAAAUUGCAGACCACUUGGAAUGAGCUUAUACAUCACCUCAGUCAAGACGACGCUUUCUUGAAUGAAAUUAUGGAUACUCUCAAAGAAGUGGAUGAUUUUAUGGAAAGACUCUUUGACAUAUACAAGAAAGUGAGAUCUGAAGGAAUUAAGCAGAAAGCUGCUCUUGGAAUACAUCGCUGUGAUUACUUGCUUCAUCUUGCUGAAGGAGGGAACAGUGCGGACGCUAUCAUUCAACAAGUGGAAUACAAUACCAUUGCAUCCAGUUUUGGAGGGCUAAGUGCCAUUGCUGGCGAACUCCACCGAUUCCUUUUGCAGGCAACAGACUAUGAAUGUGAAAAGGGAACUAUCAAGCCAGAGAACUUACCGGAAAACACAUCUAUCUCUGGUAUAGCUGGAGGUAUUGCCGAAGCUUAUAAUUUAUACAAUGUCCCAGGAUCUGUCGUCCUAAUGGUCAUACAACCCGGAGAGCGUAACGCAUUUGAUCAGCGAGCUAUUGAAUAUCAAUUACUCAAGAAACAUAACAUUCGUCUUAUUCGACGUACGUUAUCGGAUAUAGAAGAGCGUGGCCAACUUGAUCCAGAGAGAUCCGCUUUGAUCAUGGAUGGACUCGAAGUAGCUGUUACCUACUUCCGUGCAGGUUACUCCCCCGACGACCAUCCAACCGAAAAGCAGUGGGCUGCGCGACUCUUGAUAGAGCGAUCAUUCUCCAUCAAGUGCCCUAAUAUUGCGUAUCAGCUCGUCGGAGCUAAAAAGGUGCAACAGGUUUUAGCCAUUCCCGGACGUAUAGAAAAGUAUUUGGACGAGAGCGUAGCUAACGAGCUCCGUGAAUCAUUUGCUGGUUUGUAUCCCUUGGAUCAUACUGAAGUGGGUCAACAAGCUUAUCAGAUGGCACUUGCCAAUCCCGGAAAAUACGUUAUGAAACCACAGCGUGAAGGUGGUGGCAAUAACUUGUAUGGCGACGAUAUCAUCAUUGAACUAAAGCGACUCGAAGGAAAGAGACUGGAUGCAUACAUUCUCAUGGAUCUCAUCCGAUCACCUCCGCUGAAAAAUAUUAUGGUUCGCGAAGGUUUACUUAUCCAAGGCGAUGUCAUUAGUGAGCUCGGAAUAUACGGAGCCUAUUUACACGAUGGUGAAAAACAGAUAUUGAACGAACGUGCGGGUCAUUUACUUCGCACUAAAGGUCAUGGUACGAACGAAGGCGGAGUAGCAGCAGGGUUUGCCGUAAUAGAUAGUCCGCUCUUGCUCUAA